AUGUCUUCCAACGAGGAGAAAAACUCCAUGGUCGAGGCCAAGGCCUCGAUUUCCUACUCAACUGAUCAAGCCGGUACCGGAGGAGAAGGCUCGCUCCUGGCCAUGACUCCCGAAGAAGAGAAGAAGCUGGUCUGGAAGAUUGACUUGCAUUUGAUGCCCCUCAUGUUCAUCCUUUAUCUCCUUCAAUACCUCGACAAGACAUCUCUUGGUUACACCGCGAUCAUGGGUAUAAUUACGGACACUAAACUCGUAGGAACACAAUACUCCUGGGUUUCUAGCUUCUUCUACGUGGGAUUUCUUGUAGCGAGCCCUCUGUCUUCGCUCCUGCUGGUCAGGUUCUCGGUGGCAAAAGUUGUGGUGUUAACGGUACUUAUCUGGGCGGGCAUACAAAUGGCCAUGGCCGCUGGCCAUGACUUUGGAAGUCUUGCGGCUUUGCGAAUUCUUUUGGGGGCUUUCGAAGCUGCAAUCAACCCUGGUUUCACAAUCAUCACGUCGAUGUGGUACAAGCCAUCCGAACAUGCUCUACGCCAUGGUCUGUGGUACGGAGGAGCCAGUGUAGCCUAUGUCUUCGGUGGUAUCCUUGCAUAUGCCAUGUCCCACAUCAAGAGUUCGAUCAAAAGCUGGCAGUUUCUGUUCCUUAUUUUCGGAGCUGCCACAUUCAUUUGGGGCCUGGUUAUCUGGUGGCUUUUGCCGAAUAACCCUCAAACCGCAUGGUUCCUGAAUGAGAGGGAAAGAAAGUUGGCUUUCGCCCGUGUGCAAGGUGCACGGCACUCGACCGAAACCAGAAAAUGGGACAACGAGCAGAUGAAGGAAGCAUUGGUAGACCCUCGAUCCUGGUUGUUCUUCCUGCUCUGUGUUUUCACCACUCUUCCCGGUGGUGGUCUGACCGCGUUCGGAAGUGUUGUCUUGAAAAGUUUUGGCUAUAGCACCUUGCAGGCACAGCUUCUCACCAUGUCGCAAGGCGGCUUCCUCUUGUUCUUUGUCAUCCUCACCGUGGUCGUGUCGAUCUCUUUCAAAAACGCGCGAUGCGUGUCAAUAGCUUUACUCAAUCUUAUUUCCCUGGCAGGUGCACUUAUGGUCAAGCUGCUUCCAGAGUCGGAAAAGUUGAGCCGCCUCGGAGGGCUGUGGCUGAUCAGCGCCUAUGCGAGUGCCUUCCCUACUAUCCUUAGUCUCGUGUCCAGCAACAUCACAGGGCAUACAAAAAAAGCGACAGUAAGCGGAUUGCUUUUCGUCGGCUUCUGCACAGGGUACAUCAUUGGCCCUCUUACCUUUCUGCCGCACGAAGCACCGGGCUACAAGACCGCAUUUAACAUCAUGAUUGCGUGCUUUGUUCUGAACAUCACCAUUGUUCUAGCCAUGAGACAGCUCAUGGCUUUCUGGAACAAGAAACGCGACCGAGAGUUUGGUACCGAGGCCCACUCGGCCGGGCUAGCUGUUGAGGAGGUUGUAAGCCAAGGCGUGGCCGACGAAACUGAUUGGAAGAACAAGCACAUCCGAUACUCUCUGUAG